GCGGGCCGUUGCCUAGGUAACGAGUGGCCUGGGAGUGCUUGAGGCUGCUAAAAGACAGUGGAGCUCCUGCUAGCUCUAGACCCGGGUGCUUUAAGGAGUUCUCGAAAUAGUCUCCCAGCACGAGUAGGACGAAAGAUCUGGGAGUGAGGGGCCGCCCGAGGCGGGACGAAGUGCAGAGAAGGAAGGAAGGUUGGAGGCGGACGCCCCUGCGGAAGCACGGACGGAAAAUGAGUUCCCCCGCGCUGUGCAGCGUCCUGCGGGAGUGAGCUGGGGAGACUGCCACCCUGUAGACUGCCACCCUGUAUUGUGGCGGACUUGGGCCCGCAGGCUCCUGCUGCACACGUGGGAGCGCCCCUUACACCUCUGCUGGGGCUUUGCUGACGCCAAGGUUUUACCCCACUGCGGGUCAGCACGUGGUGAGCCUCCUUUGCACGUGUAAGGAAACGGACUCAGAGGUGGCCUGUCCGGUUUUGUAAAUUGGCAGUCUCGACACUAGAGGAGUCGCCGAUGCGCAAUUUUCUCAAUUGCAUUUGUAGUUCUUUGCGAUGGACCUUGGACCUUAUUCUGGGCAGCCCACGUUCCAGAGCACGCUGUUUGUAGAGAGGAGCAAAAGCCAAUAGAUUUGAAAUUGGUAAAUUCCUCUCCCAAUCUAUAGAAUCUUGGCAAGGAAUUUCGAUUAUUUCAUUGUCUUAAUGAUAACUACGUGGGAGAAUACUUGGACAGGCACAUAAUGGUCGUCAUCAAUACAACCUUCUGGUAGCUAUUGAGGUUUCAGUAAUAAUAUAAUUGAAUAUUAGAACAGUGACGGUAUCUACAGAAUAGUAUUAAAUUAUAAAAAGAAAAGUAUUGUCAUUUGAACUUGAAUUUUCACUUGAACUGAAAAUUAAGGAGGAAAAAACCUUUUAAAACUGUAUUGCUCCAUAUCACUGCCUGAAGAAGCAACUGUAAUUUUUAUGUAUUUUAAUGCCUCCACGGUCAUUCUGAACCUAUUUUCACUAUGUAACAUUUAAUUGUAAAUAUAGAAUGUUAAUGAAUUUCCUGUGUACUCUGGAUUUUUUAAAUUAAAUUAUUAACCUGAUUUGUCUUUUAUUGUGAUUUUUGUGUUUCUCAUAGUAAUAGAAAGUUUCUUCAAAUCUUUGAAGUUAAAGGCUUAAUUAGCAUCUUGUCACUGUUAACUAAAUACAAUUGAAUGCAUUUUUAGUACUUAUUUAAUGUAAAAAAAAAAAACCUUCAGCUUAAAAAAAAUCUGUCAAAUAAGUUUCUUAGAAAUUGUUUUAUAGCCUAUCCACGUAAUAAAUUUCAAGCCUAACACUGGAAGAGAUGUCAGAAGAUUCAGAAAAGGAGGACUAUUCAGACAGAACAGUCAGUGAUGAAGAUGAAUUAGAUGAAGAAACAUUUAUGAAAUUUGUAAGUGAAGAUAUUCAUCAGUGUACACUAUUAACAGCCAAUUCUUUUGGUGACCCAUUCUUCCCUCGGACCACACAAAUACUCUUGGAAUAUCAGCUGGGGAGAUGGGUGCCACGCCUUCGUGAACCAAGGGAUUUAUAUGGUGUCUCUUCUUCUGGCCCCCUGAGCCCAACACGGUGGCCUUACCACUGUGAGGUCAUUGAUGAAAAAGUCCAGCAUAUUGAUUGGACUCCUUUUUAUCCUGAGCCAGUAUAUAUCCCAACAGGUCUAGAAAUGGAACCCCUUUAUUCAAGCUCCAAGGAAGACACUGUGGUUUAUCUGGCUGAAGAUGAUUACAAAGAGCCCUGUUUUGUGUAUUCCCGAGUUGGGGGCAAUCGAACACCCUUGAAGCCACCUGUUGACACCUGUGACAAUACUUUGAUGUUCGAAGCAAGGUUUGAGAGUGGUAAUCUACAGAAGGUAGUCAAAGUGGCAGAAUACGAGUACCAGUUGACUGUGCGCCCUGACCUCUUCACAAACAAGCACACCCAGUGGUAUUAUUUCCAAGUCUCUAACACCCAAGCAGAAACUGUCUACAGAUUCACCAUUGUCAACUUCACCAAGCCUGCUAGCCUUUACAAUCGGGGCAUGCGCCCACUCUUCUAUUCUGAAAAAGAGGCCAAGGCUCACAGCGUUGGCUGGCAGAGAAUAGGAGACCAGAUCAGGUACUACAAGAAUAACCUGGGCCAGGAAGGCCGCCACUUCUUCUCCCUCACGUGGACAUUCCAGUUUCCCCACAACAAGGACACCUGCUACUUUGCGCACUGCUACCCAUACACUUACACCAACCUGCAAGAAUACCUUUCUGGCAUCAAUAAUGACCCAGUACGGUCCAAGUUCUGCAAAACCCGCGUCCUGUGCCACACGCUCGCCAGAAACAUGGUGUAUGUGUUGACCAUCACCACGCCCCUGAAGAACUCGGACUCCAGGAAGAGGAAGGCCGUGAUUCUGACCGCAAGGGUCCAUCCGGGUGAGACCAACAGUUCCUGGAUCAUGAAAGGCUUCCUAGAUUACAUUUUAGGAGACUCAAGUGACGCCCAGUUGCUUCGGGACACUUUCAUCUUCAAGGUGGUACCCAUGCUGAAUCCAGAUGGUGUCAUUGUGGGGAACUACCGGUGCUCCUUAGCUGGGCGCGACCUCAACCGCAAUUACACCUCCCUCCUGAAGGACUCUUUUCCUUCUGUUUGGUACACACGGAACAUGAUCCACAGGUUGAUGGAGAAGCGAGAGGUUAUUUUAUAUUGUGAUCUCCAUGGACAUAGUAGGAAAGAGAACAUCUUCAUGUAUGGCUGUGAUGGUAGUGACAGAACUAAAGCAUUAUACUUACAGCAACGAAUCUUCCCAUUUAUGCUGAGUAAAAAUUGUCCAGAUAAAUUUUCAUUCCCAGCUUGCAAGUUCAAUAUUCAGAAGAGCAAGGAAGGAACAGGAAGGGUGGUAAUGUGGAAAAUGGGAAUCCGGAACAGCUUUACCAUGGAGGCCACCUUUUGUGGAUCUACUUUGGGUAAUAAACGAGGCACUCAUUUCAGCACAAAAGACUUGGAGUCAAUGGGCUACCAUUUUUGUGAUUCUCUCUUGGACUAUUGUGAUCCCGAUCGGAGCAAGUAUUAUCAGUGCCUGAAAGAAUUAGAAGAAAUGGAAAAACGCAUGAGUUUGGAAAAAGUCUGUGAUGAUUCAGAUACUUCUCUAAUAGAAAUUACAUUGGAUCUAGAGUCUAGUAGCCGAGGCUCUGACAGUUCGGAAUCCAAUGACUCUCAGACAUAUCUUCUGAAGGUAACCUCUCAGAAAAAAUGUCUGAAAACAAAGAAGGAAAGGAAUUCUACCAUGGCAAGCUACCAGAGUGCCAGAGAAGAGGUUUAUGGUAGAGAACAUGUACUGCAAAAACACAAAGAAUCAAAUUCUGAUGUGAAAGUUUCUUUCAGCUCCCAAAAUAUGAUUCAGAGUUUUAGCAGAGACAAUCGAAGAUAUUUUCUAGAAACCUGUGAGAGGCCAAUCCAGGAAAUAAUUCAGCCCCUGGGAAAUCGUUUAUAUGAAAACUGUUUCAGAGUGACGUCCUUGAAGUUUCCUAGGAGCCAACAAACAUCAAGUUGGAUUGAAAAGACAAGGAUACGAACAGAUCUGCAUCACAACUUAAAAAGCAAAGGUAAAGAAUGUACGCCUGUCCAAAGUAAGAAGAGUGGCAUAAACUGGACAGAUGAUGAAAAAAGAAUCUACAGGGAUAAAAGAAUAGCUCAAACUCAAGAAAUAUUGCAUUAUUUGCUCCCUAUCAUGGAAACCCAAAAACCCAUGGAAAACAGUCAGAUAAAACAGUUAUUCAAUUCAAGAAGCAACUUCCAAAUCCAACAUCAACCAAAGCCAGCUACUUGCAUAAAUAUAAAGAAAUACAACUCAUCUUGGACACCACCCAGAAACCCUCCUUUUGUAACUCAAAGGAAUCUUAGGACAGAUGCCUCAGAAUGGUUCCAGUCUGUGCCCCAAAGGUCACUUGAAAGUUUGACACCUCUCAAAGGCACCAAGAAGAGGAAAAAACAUGUUCUCUGGGCCACAAAGACUGAAGACAUGAACCUUCUAAGCAGCAAAUUGGAGACUGCUCCCUCAAGCUUUGAAGUGGUUGCAAACAUAAAAGAUAAGAGUCUUCAAGAUGAAGAGUCCAAACUGCAGAGCUCUAAGCAGAUAGUUCCUCAUCUCCCCAAAACCAAGAAGGAGCAACCACAUCAGAAUGACAGACAACUCACCUUCCACCUGAGGUUCCAAAGGGACAAUUAAUCUCGCUGUUUUCUUGCUCUGAAAACUGGAUGAAAGAUGACAUUGCUGACAUAGUAAAAAGAAAACAAGACAAGCCUUCCUUCACUAUACCUCCCUCUUUACAGGCAUAUGCAGAUGCUAAACUACAAAUUCAAGAUAUCCCAUAUUAUUUAAU